AUGGGAUAUAAUACUACUUGGUUAUCAAAUUUGAAUUAUACUAACAAAAACCACAUUGAUUAAUAUUUAAUUACAUAUUAUUGGUCAAUCACAUCAUUCAUGCAUUCAGGAAGUGAUUUAUUUAAUCCUUAAACGAAAAUUGAAUUAGUAUAUGGAAGUGCUAUUACGAUUGUCCUUGGUUUUACUUUAUUCUAUUCAAUUUUUAAUGCAUUCCUUUGUUUCUAUGAUAUGAAGAAAGAUUAAGAAGGAUAUAAUAAAAGUAUUAGAAUACUCUCUAGAUUUUUAAACAGAAACAAAAUUGAUGGACAUUUAUAAUAAAGAGUUAAGCAUUACAUGUAUAGUAUAGGAUAAUAAUAGAGGAACGAAGAUCUACAAUAAGAAUCACAAGCAAUAAAAAACUUACCAAAACAAUUACAAGACGAAAUAAUAAAAGGAAUAAACUCUAAAGAAUUUAAAAAGAUGAACUUUUUUACUCAGAUAUUUUCUUAAUAAACAAACAACAAGCUAAUUAAUAAAAUGAAAAAAAUUGUAUUCAAUCCUAAUGAGACUAUCUUUGAAGAAGGAAAACUUGAUGACUAAUCAGUUUACUUAAUAACUGAUGGAAUAGUCGAAAUUUUUCAAGCUUUUCAUAAUACAGAACGAGUAGUAGCUAGCUUAUAGAAAAAUUCAUAUUUUGGUGAGAUUUCUUUUUUCUCAGGAAAGACUCGCUCUGCAUCCGCUAGAAGUGUAAAUUUCUCAACAGCAUAUAAAAUUACAAGGUAAGAAUUCCUUGAAGUAAUUUAAUCAGAGUAAAAAGAUCACGAAAGAUAAAAGCUAAUUGAAGAGCUAGUUUUGUUUUAGAAUAACUUGAAUUAUAUUAAUGUUAAGUGCUUUGGAUGCUAGUAAAUAGGACAUACUGUAGAUAAGUGCUCUAUUCUGAAGCCUCAAUUUAAUAAAUAGUUUAUUAUUUUAAGAUAAAGAUUUGAGCAUAUAAAUUAAAGAAAACAGUUUUUUAGAAAAACCAACAAAAACUCAAGAGUUAAUUGCAUAUUGAACAUUAAAGUAAACAGAUAAGCCAUAAAGAAAUUAUUGAUAGAUUUAAAUAUUCCAUAGAGCUUAUAUUCCACAGAACUAGAACUAGAAGAAGAAGAAUAUGAUGAUUGUGAUUCAUUUUCAUUGAUUUUAUAGAAAAAAAAAUAUGAAAACCAAAGCAAUAAUAAUAAUAACAGCAGGAGUAUUGAAAAUACUUAGUGCGCAGAAGAGUUUUCUCCAUAUUUGUAGAAAAAUCGAAGUGUAAAAUCUAUCAGUAGCAAAAAACAUGAAAUAAAUAUUUCAGAUAAGGAUUGUAAGCUUCAAUAAUUCUACUAAAAAGAAUAGGAUCAAAGUAAUAUCUCUAUUCAAAGUAUUCUGUCUUCUCCUAAACUCAUCGCAAAUUACUAAGAUACUUAAUCGGAAAUUCUUUUAAAAGGAUAGGCUCAUUAAGCAAAUUAAUUACCAAGAAUUAAUUCAGACUUUACUAGAAUAACAGUUGAAGAAGAUUAGUUAAAGAAAAAAAAUAGAAAUGAAAGUUCAGACAGAGUAAGUUACAAAUAGUCUUUACUACCUUCAUUUAAAGAUAUUCAUAAAUCUCUGAGUAUCGAAAACAAUAUACCUUUACCAAUUAUGCCAAGUAUAAGUCUGGAUAUAUUAGAUAAAGCCUGUAGCCAGCUAUCGUCAUCAUAUAAUAAUGAAGAAUUUGAUAGAAAAUUCUAAUAUUAUUAUGAAUAAAUAAAUGAACCUAGUAUUAAUGUGAUUAUUAAAGAUAUUACAAGCUUUAACAAUAUAAAAAGAAUAGAUUAGUUGAGCCUCAAAUAAAUUUAGGAUAUUAAAUUAAAUUAAAUAAUUUAACCAGUACCUUUUAUUUAAAAUUAAAGUAAUUCUGACAUGUCUAGUUACCUAGAUAACCAUCAAAUGAGCACUUCUAUAAAAAAUUAUAAUUUAAUUUUCUAAAAGUUUGACAAGAUUUGCCAUUUUACGAAGUUCUUUCCUCAUAAUAACUUUAACUAAAUUCAGAAGCAGCAGGAUUACUUCAAUUUCAUAUGGAAUUGGAUACCGUAUAAAAAACAUAUUUCCCAAAAGAGGCAUAUAGAUAUGAUUAUCAGUUGA